CCCAACCACAGUCAUCUUUUUUUCCGCCUAGUGGAGCUCAUCGUCUUGAGUCUCAUCCCUACCAACCCCACCGAUGGCUCCCCCAACCCUGAUCUUCGGUCUGUUGGCUCUCUUGCUGGUCUCUUCCGCGCUUGGCAGCUCUGUAGACGCUCCCUUCAUCUUGGCCCACAAGAAGGCCUCCCUCACCAGGCUCAAAUCCGGCGCCGAACGCGUCUCUGUCUCUAUCGACAUCUACAACCAAGGAUCCUCGACUGCAUAUGAUGUAAGCCUUACUGAUGGUAGCUGGCCUGAAAAUGUAUUUGAUGUUGUCAGUGGUAACACUUCAAUGUCAUGGGAAAGGCUUGAUGCUGGUGGUCUUCUAACUCACUCUUUUGAGUUGGAGGCCAAAGCAAAAGGAUUGUUCUACAGUGCUCCGGCUGUCAUUACAUUUCGCAUUCCCACCAAGGCUGCCCUUCAGGAGGCAUAUUCAACUCCAAUCUUGCCUUUAGAUGUUCUUGCAGAUAGACCUACUGAGAAGAAGUUUGAGUGGGCUAAGAGGUUGCUGGCAAAAUACGGGUCUCUAGUUUCUGUGAUCUCCAUUAUGGUCCUGUUUGUGUACCUGAUCAGUACUCCAUCUAAAUCCAGUGCUGCGAAAGGAAGCAAAAAGAAGCGCUAAAUACGAUAGAUUGGAUUGUAGUUAAUAGCUUUUGAGGCCAAGGCAUGCGCCUCUAUUGCCAUUGUGCGUUUUAGUUUUGGUUUUUCUUCUUAUUCGCAUUGCCGUUGAGUUAGGACAUUUGUUGGGAAUCUCUAAACGAACUAGGAUUUGAGGCACAUAGCAGCUAUGCAGACAGCGGUUAAGUUAUCAUGGACACUGUAAACGAAUAGCAAUCAUGGUUCUUUUGGGCGUUGUUUUA